CCCCAAUCUAACACAUCUUCACCUAAACCCGCCUUUGUCAAUUCGACAAGCAUCUCCUCGCACUACACGUCGAUCCAGCUGUCGCCCCUGUAAACAGCUGUUCUCCCGCGGGCUGCACGUCUGCCCACGACGCUCUUUCUCUUUACUACAAGCUUCAAUCGCCCACCAUGGAUGCGCAACAGAACGACGAGCUCUACCCCAUCGCCGUCCUCAUUGACGAGCUCAAGCACGAUGAUGUCCUGCUCAGACUGAACGCCAUCCGCCGCCUGUCUACCAUCGCUCUUGCCCUGGGCCCUGAGCGCACCAGAGAUGAGCUCAUACCCUUCCUUGACGAAUCUGUCGAGGACGAAGAUGAGGUCUUGACCGCCCUGAGCGACGAGCUCGGUGGUUUCGUCGAGUACGUUGGUGGUCCAGAGUACGCUCACGUGCUGCUCUCCCCUCUCGAGAACCUCGCUGCUAUCGAGGAGCUCCUCGUCAGAGACAAAGCCGUCGAGUCACUCAACAAGAUUUGCGAACAAUUAUCCACCGAGCAGAUUGACCAGUACUUCAUUCCUCUGAUUGGCAGACUUUCAAAAGCAGACUGGUUCACCGCAAAGAUCUCCUCAACCGGCGUCUACAAGGUCGCCUACACCAAGACCGAUCCCCAGACACAAGAGUCCUUGAGACAAGGCUUCGCACAGCUCGUUCACGAUGAUACCCCCAUGGUCCGCAGACAGGCUGCCAUCAACUUGGCAAAGUUCUUGCGCGUCAUGCCCCCGAAUGUUGUUAUCGACGAGAUGAUCCCUCUCUUCCAGCACCUCGCUAGCGACGACCAGGACAGCGUUCGUCUCUUGACCGUAGAGAUUCUGGUUGCCAUUGCCGAGACCGUCCCCAAGGAGCAACAGUCGAGCCACGGCGUUCUUCUCACCGCACUAAGAAGCCUUUUCGAGGACAAGAGCUGGAGAGUACGCUACAUGGUCGCAGAUAAGUUCGAGAAGAUUGCCAAGGCUGUCGACGACGAGGUUGUCAGCCGCGAUCUUGUACCCGCUUUCAUCAAGCUCCUCAAAGACACCGAGGCCGAAGUGCGAACUGCCAUUGCUGGACAAAUACCUGGAUUCUGUGCCCUCAUCGAGAGAGACACUCUCCUCCAAGAGGUCAUGCCCGCAGUCGAGGAGCUCGUCUCGGAUUCGUCGCAGCAAGUGCGUGCCUCGUUCGGUACCCAGAUUAGUGGUCUGGCUCCUAUUCUCGGCAAGCAGGAGACUACCGAGCACCUGCUCCCCAUGUUCCUCCAGAUGCUCAAGGAUGAGUUCCCCGAUGUCCGCUUGAACAUCAUUUCCAAGCUCGAGCUUGUCAACGACGUCAUCGGAAUUGAGCUUCUCUCACAGUCUCUCCUCCCCGCCAUCGUUCAGCUCGCAGAAGACAAGCAGUGGCGUGUGAGACUGGCCAUCAUCCAACAUCUCCCUCUCCUUGCUUCCCAGCUUGGUGUCAAGUUCUUCGACGAGAAGCUUUCCAGCCUUUGCAUGUCUUGGCUCGGUGACACCGUCUUCAGCAUUCGCGAGGCCAGCACUCAGAACUUGAAGAAGCUUACAGAUGUCUUCGGUGUACAGUGGGCCAACGAGGCUAUCGUGCCCAAGGUUGUUGCUAUGGGCGGCCACCCUAACUACCUGUACCGCAUGACCACAUGUUUCGCCGUCUCUACCCUUGCCCCCGCAUUGUCUCUUCCCGUCAUCCAAGAGUCUAUCUUCCCUAUCCUGUCAAACCUCGUGUCUGACCAGAUCCCCAACAUCAGAUUCAACGUUGCAAAGUCAUAUGCUGUGUUGAUUGAUGUUCUGAAGCGUCUGCCCGACACUGAGUCAACGGUUCUGUCGCUCGAGAAGACUGGCAAGACUGGUUCUGGAAGCCCUCAAGGUGACCAGCUCAUCCGGGAAGAAAUCAUGCCCAACCUGGAAAAACUCAUGACUGAUGACGAUGUCGACGUGCGCUUCUUCGCAAGCCAAGCAGCAAAGAGCUACAGCGACGCGAUGCAAUCAUAAUCCAAUCCGCCAAAUGUGUUGGUUGGAAAAUAAUCUCUGCCUCUAGAAGUACUCGAUAUUACGAGAAAUCAAGAAAGAAAAUGCCCGGGCAUUGCGGGAAAGCUGCAUUGUCGUUAUACCUUACUUGUUAGAAAUGAAUACAAGAGUUGCACAAAUGCUUGUCUGUUCCUUUGCAUUGACGACUGCGUUCCAGAUGGUCGAGUCGAUUACGACCUCGGAUUAGGCCCAAGAGUAAACAAGGCAACUUGAAGAAUGCUGUUGACACAACAAACACACCAUCCUCCGCGUGGCGUUCGGCCAUCCCCAUAGUUUCACCUCCUGAGUCUUGAAGGCGUGUCACAUGUUUUGGAAGGAUUUCGCGGCAAAGGUUCAUGGACGUCGACGUUGGAAAAAAGACGUUGAUAUGUGUUGUCGAUACAAGACUCCCGGACGAUUAUGUAGGACGGUUGUACUUUC